AUGCUGCAUGGGUCGGUGACGCUCCACACCUCGCUGGGUGACAUCAAGCUGGAGCUGCUGAUGGAGACGCCACUGGCGACAGAGAACUUUCUGGCUCUCGCAGCGAGCGGCUACUACGACGGGACGUGCUUCCACCGCAACAUCCCGGGGUUUAUUGUACAAGGCGGGGAUCCCGAGGGAAGUGGGAGCGGCGGCAAGUCGGUGUGGGGCAAGCCGUUCCCGGACGAGAUUGUGCCCGGCAUCGGACACAGCGCACGCGGGACGAUCUCGUGCGCCAACGCAGGGCCAGACACAAACGGUUCCCAGUUCUUUAUUGCCUACGCGCCGCAGCCGCAGCUCGACGGGACCAACACCGUGUUUGGUCGAGUCAUCGACGGUUUUGACGUCCUUGACGUCAUGGAGCGUGUGCCGAGCAACGAUGACGACCGCCCACUCCGCGACAUUGUCAUCGACUCGGUCACCAUCCACGCCAAUCCGAUUGCGGAGCAGCAGGCGUAG